CACAACAUUGCACUAGCCACAGUGCCACAAGGCAGGGGGAUGAAUUUGUGCAAGCCAAGUGGUGCCGGCUGAGAGAUGCUCUGCCAAGUGUCAGCUAUUCAAUGCUGAACCAGAGUGGGGCACCCGCAUUCUGCGCCCACACAGAAAUUUCCAAACUAGAUCUCAAAAUUAAACCAUCUCGCACACCGUGAUCGAGUCGACGGAAACCAUCACGUCAGCGACAACACCGCAGAAAUGGCCCCUUCACGAGUCACCUACCGUCGCCGGAACCCGUACAACACCACGUCGAACCUGACGCGGGUUACGAAGACUCCCGGCGGCUCGCUUCGCGUCCUUCACAUCAAGAAGCGCGGCACUGCUCCCAAGUGCGGCGACUGCGGCAUCAAGCUCCCUGGUGUCCCCGCCCUCCGCCCCCACGAGUACGCACAGAUCUCCAAGCCCAAGAAGACCGUCCAGCGCGCGUACGGUGGCUCGAGAUGCGGUAACUGUGUCCGGGACCGCGUUGUCCGGGCUUUCCUCAUUGAGGAGCAGAAGAUCGUCAAGAAGGUGCUCAAGGAGCAGAGCCAGGCUGACAAGAAGAAAUAAAUGCGCUUGGGUUUGGUUCGGGGCGACGGAUGCUAGGUUGACGGUCUCAUUGCUUCGGUGUUCACUUGGGAAACGGGCGGCAUGCCAUGCGCACGCACAUACAGCCGGGGUUGGCUGUCUCUGUUCUUAGGGCUGCUUUCUACUCCGGGAUGAGGUUCUCAAUGGAAAUGGACUUCAGGCCGUGCUUAUUGAGGCUGGGAUGCUGUGGAAUGGAGCAAUGGGCGUUCUGAGCGCCGAAUGACAACCGGUUACGGUUACGAGCGAGCAAUCCAAGCAAAAGUCGCGCCCAUGUCGUUUGCCCGAAUGCUGCUGCUGUAGCAAGGGGCCUGUUUAUGAAGAACUGUAGUCGUGAGGAAGAGCUGGUUUUAUAUCACUGUUCAGCCAGGCCGGCCGGAUGAGGCUUCAAACCUCUCAUCCCUC